AUGCAUUUUUCUACUGUGGUUAGGGGGACUGCCAUUCUGGCUGCGCUGUCCGGUACAGCUGCAGGGAUUGUGACAUCGCAGUUCAAGCGCGAUCUGAAGCUUUCCGCUGAGCUGGGGAUCCAUCCGGAUAUCCUGCUCGGUCAAAAGACUUCGGUGCAUGAUGUUACAAAUUCCCAGCUUGAUGUGACCAUUAAGGCAGAAUAUGCUUCGCUCCCGAUUGACCACAGCAACUCUUCACUUGGUCACUACUGGAACCGCUAUUGGGUAUCCGAAGAGCAUUACAAGGAGGGAGGACCGGUCUUCGUGUAUGAUGUUGGCGAGUCGACCGCCGAGGCUUCAGCUCAAACCUCUCUGAGCAACUCCACCUCGUUCUUUUAUCAGUUGGUCAAAGAUUUCGGUGGAAUUGGUAUCGUUUGGGAGCACCGGUACUAUGGGGAUUCUCUUCCCUACAACGUCAGCCGGAACGUGGAGCCUGAGCAUCUCCAGUACCUUAACAAUAAACAGGCUCUGGCAGACAUACCGUCCUUUGCGGCCAAAUUCACUCGCAGAGAUCACAGUGAUGUGGACCUGACCCCAGACGGAACACCAUGGGUCAUGGUCGGAGGCUCGUACUCUGGCAUGCGAGCGGCGUUCACCCGUCAUGAGUAUCCUGAUACAAUUUACGCUUCCUUCGCUUCCUCCGCCCCCGUCGAAGCACGAAUCGACAUGAGUGUCUAUUUCGACCAGGUGUAUGAUGGCAUGGUUACAUAUGGACACUUGAACUGCACCAGGGAUAUCAAGGCUGCUCUGGAGUACAUCGACGAGCAACUCUCGAAGAGCGAAUCGUCCGCAGCGGCCAUCAAGCGGAAAUUCUUCGGCGAAGGCGCUGAGGAAAACAGCAACGGCGAUUUCACCGCCGCGCUCGCAUCAGUUUACAACUUUUUCCAAUCUUAUGGCAUGGGAGGUGGUGUGGGCAGUCUGGAGUCAUUCUGCGAGCACAUGGAGACAGACCCGAAGACUAGCGCAGCGGCCCCUGCACAAGGAUUCGCCCCAACCCGGGGGAAGAAGUACGCCGCGGAGCGAUACGCAUCAUGGCCGGCUUUCACGCAGCUAGUCAAUAUGUAUAUGGAGACCAACUGCAAGAAGCUUGAAACCAGCGCACCGCUUGAGUGUGAUCUGUCGCCGCCGUCCAUCGACCCGGACACCAUCAGCUGGACAUGGCAGUACUGCACCGAAUGGGGCUAUUUCCAGACUAACAACUUCGGACCUCACUCGCUUCUGUCAAAAUACCAGACACUCGAAUAUGCGCAGGAAGUCUGCAACAGAUUCUUCCCGGAGGCUAUCGAGAAGGGUCUGUUCCCCAAACACCCGCAGACCGAGGCGACCAAUGCGGAGACCGGCGGGUGGACUAUUCGUCCGUCCAAUGUUUACUGGAGCGGCGGCCAGUUUGAUCCGUGGCGUACUUUGUCUCCCCUCGCGGCGGGCACACGGUUAGCCCCACAGGGUGUGUCUCUCACGACAGAGAUCCCCAAUUGCAAUGUGGAGACCGACGAAAACACGAUCUUCGGCUACAUCAUGCAGAAUGCGGAGCAUUGCUUUGAUUUCCGCACGAGCUUUGUACCUGGGGCGAUUUCCCGGGGAUACUUCCAAACGGCUCUGAAAGAAUGGCUUGGAUGUUUCAAAGCCAAGACUCGUUAA